UAGUGAGCAGAACCAAUGGCGCUGCUCGCGCCGAGCCCACGCGUGCUCUGCCGGGACAUGUGCGCCGGAGCGCGGGAGGCUGCUGCCGCGGUCUCGUCCUCCGCGGCGGCUUGCUCGAGCGUCGGCGGGGCGCGUUCGUCACUGGCGUUCGGGGUGUGGCGAGGCGUCCGUCGAGGGGGGAGAAGGGGAGAAGGAGGAGGGGUGAGGGCGGCGGCGGCGUACCUGUGGGACGCGUCGGUGCCGGUGGAGAUGGACGAGAUCGACAGCAUGGACAAGCUCGACGCCGCGCUGGCCACCUCCGCCGACAACAACCUGCCCGUCGUCAUCGACUGGAUGGCUAGCUGGUGUCGGAAAUGCAUCUACCUGAAGCCCAAGCUUGAGAAGAUUGCAGGAGAAUAUCCAGGGGUCAGGUUUUACUUUGUGGAUGUCAAUAAAGUUCCACAGGCCCUGGUGAAAAGAGGGAAUAUAAGCAAAAUGCCCACUAUUCAGUUAUGGAAAGAUGGAGAAUGGAAGGAGGAGGUGAUAGGAGGCGACAAGGCAUGGCUUGUGAUGGAUCAUGUUAGAGAAAUGAUCCAGAAGUACAAGUGACUGAUUACAUACUAGUACUAUACUGUAUAUAGAAUUCGAGAUGAUCUCUUUGGACACUGUAACCUGAUCAAUAAAGGUAUAUUCCAACUCCUUAAUACAGCAAGAGCUGGCUAA